AUGGAAGCGAUGGUGGUCUCCGCCGAUCACCACCACCAGCUCAUCGGCAAUGACGGCGAUUAUCGACCCGUUAAUGGCCUGAAACAAUGGUGGAUCAUAUUUUGGAUUGAGACAGUGAAGCUAUGGAAGAUUGGAGGCCCAAUUGCUUUCAAUAUUCUUUGCCAAUACGGAAUUUACUCAAUUACCGUUGCUUUUUGUGGUCAUUUAGGUGCUCUUCAGCUCUCUGCUAUUUCUAUUGCUCAAAAUGUCAUUGGAACUUUCUCUUUCGGCUUCAUGUUGGGCAUGGGGAGUGCUCUGGAGACACUGUGUGGACAGGCAUUUGGUGCUGGGCAAAUACAUAUGCUUGGAAUUUACACACAACGGUCGAUGGUUAUUCUAUUGUUCAGUACAUUACUUCUAUUACCAAUUUAUAUAUUUGCAACUCCGUUACUUAAACUUUUUGGCCAAGAACAUGAAAUGACUGUUAUUGCUGGGAAAUUUGCUCUGUUGUCAAUCCCUGAGUUAUUUUCACUGGCAGUUGCUGUUCCGGCCUCGAAAUUUCUGCAAUCACAGAGUAAAGUUGGUGUGCUGGCUUGUAUUGGUUUUCUGGUUCUUUUACUCCAUGCCUUUCUGCUAUGGUUGUUCAUAUAUGUAUUCAACUUGGGCAUAAACGGGGCAGCGUUAGUCUAUAAUAUUACAGGUUGGGCCAAUGCAAUAGCUCAAUUUGUGUACGUGAUAGUUUGGUGUAAAGAUGGAUGGACGGGAUGGUCUUUGUCGGCAUUGAAUGAGAUUUGGGCAUUUGUUAGACUCUCGAUCGCCUCAGCUGUUAUGUUAUGCCUUGAAACCUGGUACAUGAUGAGUAUUAUUGUCCUCACCGGACAUCUCAAGGAUGCGGUUAUUGCUGUUGGAUCCCUCUCUAUUUGCAUGAAUAUUGAUGGAUGGGAAGUAAUGUUGUUCAUUGGAAUCAAUGCUGCCAUAAGUGUUCGCGUCUCAAAUGAGCUUGGGCAAGGGCAUCCCAGGGCUACGAAAUAUAGUGUAUAUAUCACAAUGUUCCAAUCACUCCUCAUUGGUAUACUCUGCAUGAUAUUAGUACUGGUAGUAAGAAAUCAUCUAUCCAUUCUUUUCACAAAUAGCAAGGAUCUGCAACGAGCCGUUGCUGACCUUGCUUGGCUUCUCGGAAUAACCAUGGUUCUUAAUAGUGUUCAGCCUGUAAUAUCAGGUGUUGCUAUUGGAGGUGGAUGGCAAAGUUCAGUGGCUUAUAUCAAUUUGGGAUGUUACUACAUUUUUGGUAUUCCUCUUGGAUGUACGCUUGGUUAUGUCGCUAACUUUGACGUCGUGGGUCUAUGGGGAGGAAUGAUAGCAGGACUUGCCUUGCAAACACUGAUACUUUCAUUUGUAAUCUAUAGAAUUGAUUGGAACAAAGAGGUUGAGCAAUCGGCAGAGCGCCUACGCCGGUGGGGUGGUCAAAACUUAGAAGCUGAAAAAACUCUUAAUUCAGAUCCUGCGAAGGACUUAUUACACUUGCCGCCAUAACAAUAACAUUUUGCGUAUUGACAUUAGAGGGGAAAUUAUUGUAAAUCACAGACAAUUUGAUCCUACAAUUGAAUAGCCUUUUAAGAAAAGAUUGUAUUAACAUCUUUUAUAUUUUAUCCUUUAACGGGUCGUUUGAUUGAA